UACAAUCUAAUAAUUGAAUGAAUUUAUAAAAAUGACUAAAAAAAUCUCAACGCACUUAUUAGAGAAUCAGAUAUGGAAAACAUAAAAUGAUUUUAUUAACCUGUAUCUGAGAGAGAGCAAGGACCACAACUCUGCAUGGGAGAUUGAAAUUUGACAUUUGAUUAAUGCUUUAAGCGGCACGACUAUACAGAUGGAUUUAUUCUGCACGUUAUUUUUUGUUUAACAUGUUGUAAUAUUGAACAACAAAAUGCCGAAAGUUGUUUCUAGAAGUGUAGUGUGUACUGACACCAAAGAUCAGGAGGAAUAUCAAGGAGAAAAGCCUCUAUAUGUAUACUACUGUAUCUGUGGUCAAAUGUCUCUAAUUUUAGAUUGUGCAAUGGAUAAGUUACCAAUGAGAAGAAGAGAUAAUGCAAGAGUAAUAGACAGUCAGAAACAUGCACAUAGACUGACAUGUGAACCAGAUGAUAUUGUGUUUCUGAAAAGACCUGAAGGCAUAGAGAAACAAUAUAGACAGAAAUGUAAAAAUUGUGGACUAUGGUUGUGUUAUCAUCACCAAGGUAACAGUAAUGUGAUGUUUAUCGUUGACAAUGCAUUGAAGAGAGAUGCAGCAAAAACAGAUGUUUAUAGUCAGAUUUCAAAACCUAAAAAAGUAACAUUGACUAAACACACAAAGAACAUGGGUAAAUUCAGUUCAGUAACAGUAUCAACAGUGGAAGACGAGGAAGAUGAAAUAGAAGCCAAAGAAAUAGCUGACUCAUAUGCUGCUAAUGCCAGAGUAAUAGAAAAGCAGUUAAUAAGAAAAGGAAUGAAUAAACGAAAGCUGAUGGAAGAGGCUGAAGAGGCAAAGAAAAAGACAAAAGGAACCUUGAUUGACAAGUGAGAACCAUAGUCAUGUGAUAUGGUCAUGUGGCUGUUUGUGUAUAUGAAAACAACAUACUGCUACAAUAUAUAAAGUAUACAUCUUUUGUAAUUUAAAGUUUUUUAAUACAUACUUUUAUUUGAAUAUGUAAAUGUUUUUACUGGCAAUUUAUUUAAUGGAUUGUAAAAACUAACAUUUGUCACAAAUGUCCAUAGAAUGUAUCUUUAUUUGUAACGGAUUAUGUAUAUGCUAUGUAUUGAUGCUGGUUAGUUUGCAGACAAUUUAAAAUGGUAUUGAAAUGUUUCAUGUAAUGUAUAGAACUAAGCUGACAUAUUUGAAGCAACAAUUUCCAUAGAUUUCAUGGAAAAUAUUUAAGUAAUAAAUGUCUGUUUUGUUAUACUUUUUUAUGAAUGGUUGGUGUGAGAUUUCAAAUGUGGAUGUUAAAUGAAAAAAAGGCAGUAAGAACAAAUUAUAAUUGAGGGUUAAAUGUGAGGUUAGAGAGAUUUAACUGUGUCUGAAGAUAGUGAAAUGGUAUGUUCUUUAAAUUUGGUUGUCAUUAAUGAGUCAACAAAUUGAGGAAGCUUUUAUUUUAUUCAUGUUUUAAGAUAAAUUGAUGAUUGUUAAAAUCAAGAUUCAUUAAUGAAUAAAAUUUGAGAAUACAA